AUGACUUCCGACCAUAGGAAGGUAUUUUAUAAGCUUCCCGGUAAGAAGAGGACUCGCUCCCCGGACCCCGUCGGAAGAGCCAUGGACCCGCUGGAGCCAGGAGGUAUAAAUCCCCCUUUCUUUUACAAAUCUACACGGGCGCAGUCUCUUUUGACAAACUGAUAGAUUUGUAAUCGAUUAAAAAUGAAUCAAAAAGCGCUAAUCAACUCUUUUCCUACGACCUUUGGCCUGAGUCAGUGGAAAAUAAGUAUUACUGAACGUAGUAAGCCCUCCUAGCUCUACGGCAAAAGUUUACUUAGAAAGACUUUUUCUCAAAACGCAAAUUUCAGAACGAAGACGGAAGAAAAAUGGCAAAACCUUUUUUAAGGUAUCGCCACCGUCCACCAAAAUAGGUGAGUUACACCUUCACCUAGACCAAAAUAACAACUUUUUUUCAGGAGUAAAUGAACGAUCUAUAUCCUACCCAAGAGGAAACGACCCGAAGAGAAGCCUCAUUCCGCACACCUUCAGGACCCUGUCGCCCCGAUUUUUUUGUAAUAAAUUUAAAUGA